GUGGCGGAGAGGUGGAUGACACUGGGCCGAAUGGCGCGGGAGCCCCAAUCCGCCCAUACACACACACCUCCCUAAGGCGCAGGGCGAGCGCAGGGUCCCGGAGUGGAGGUACCAUGCAGUGGCUGGAGGCCAGGGGACUCAGCAAAGGGCACGCCCCCAGCCGCUGGAAGGAGACCACCUCCCUAUACCAGCUAGUGGCAGAAAAAAGCCAUCCUGGGCCCAGAGUCCCCUCCCACAUGAGUCUCAGUUUCCCUGGCUCUGAAACGGGCACAGCGAAGUUGACCUGCGAUCUGUAUGGGAAGGGUGACACGAACCUUGGCCUUUUGGAAACCAGAGGACCAGUGUGCCCAUGAGGAUCUGUAGGGUCAUGGCAUCUGCUGGGACUCCAUGUGUGUCCCUCAGGCAGUGGCAGGAAGCAGGCUCAAGGAUGAAGACAGAGAAGCCCUGGAGAGAAGUGGGUGCUCUGAACGCCGCUGUCUGCCCAGCAGCUUAGAUGGCAGGCAUGCCCCGGACACUGACUGCCUCCGACAUGGUCACCCCAGGCAGCCUCAGCCCGCCUCCCACAGAAUCCACAGAAGGAGAGCAGGCCGGGCAGCCCCUCCUGGACGGAGCUCCAUCCUCAGCCUCUUUGGACACCCUGAUCCAACACCUCGUGCCCACAGCCGAUUACUAUCCCGAGAAAGCCUACAUCUUCACCUUCCUGCUGAGCUCUCGUCUCUUCAUCGAGCCCCGAGAGCUCCUGGCUCGGGUGUGUCACCUGUGCAUAGAGCAGCAACAGCUGGACAAGCCGGUGCUGGACAAGGCCCGAGUCCGGAAGUUUGGUGCCAAAUUGCUCCAGUUGUUAGCCGAGUGGACUGAGACCUUCCCACGGGACUUUGAAGAGGAGUCCACCAUUGGACACCUGACAGACGUGGUGGGCCGCAUCUCCCCGUGUGACGAGACCUACGGGAGCAGGGUACACCAGCUCCUGCAGACUCUGCACCAGAAAUUGGCGUCACUUGGCCAGGGACCAGAAAGCCUGGUGGGAGCCGACAAGCCCAUCUCCUACAGGACCAAGCCUCCAGCCUCCAUCCACAGGGAGCUCCUGGGUGUCUGCAGUGACCCCUACACGCUGGCCCAGCAACUGACCCACGUGGAGCUGGAGCGACUAAGGCACAUUGGGCCCGAGGAGUUUGUCCAGGCUUUUGUGAACAAGGACCCCCUGGCAGGCACAAAGCCCCGCUUCAGUGACAAGACGAACAACGUUGAGGCCUACGUGAAGUGGUUCAACAGACUAUGCUACCUGGUAGCAACGGAAAUCUGCAUGCCAGCCAAGAAGAAGCAGAGAGCGCAGGUGAUCGAGUUCUUCAUCGAUGUGGCCCGAGAGUGCUUCAACAUCGGCAACUUCAACUCCCUCAUGGCCAUUAUCUCUGGCAUGAACAUGAGCCCUGUCUCCAGGCUGAAGAAGACUUGGGCCAAAGUGAAAACAGCCAAAUUCUUCAUUCUGGAGCACCAGAUGGACCCAACAGGGAACUUCUGCAACUAUAGGACAGCCCUGCGUGGGGCAGCCCACCGCUCACUCACUGCUCACAGCAGCAGGGAGAAGAUCGUCAUCCCCUUCUUCAGUCUGCUCAUCAAGGACAUUUACUUCCUCAAUGAGGGCUGUGCCAACCGCCUUCCCAAUGGGCAUGUCAACUUUGAGAAAUUUCUGGAACUGGCCAAGCAGGUUGGAGAAUUCAUUACUUGGAAACAAGUGGAAUGUCCUUUCGAGCAAGAUCCGAGCAUCACCCAUUACCUGUACACUGCCCCCAUCUUCAGCGAAGACGGUUUGUAUUUGGCUUCCUAUGAAAGCGAGAGCCCAGAGAGCCAGACAGAAAAGGAGAGGUGGAAAUCUCUAAGAUCUUCUAUUCUGGGGAAGACAUGAGAAGCCCUGACACAGAGGAAGAGAAAACAACGGAGCUGACACAGGCAGUCCCAACCCUGUCACAGACAGCCCAACGGGCAGAGGUUGACGCAAAGCCUCAUUACUUUGCAAACCAGAUGCUGUGGCCUGGUACCUGCCACAAAGGCCAUGUGGGCACAGGAAACCUUUCUCGGGACCUCAGCCCCAGCUGACUUGGCAGGGCCUCCAAGAGCAUGGGUGACAUGCCUUGGGCAAACAUUGCCUUUAUGACCAAGUGGGUCACAUAGUCAAUCUGUCCAUUCUGGACAGGGACACAGCACUACCUGGAUGGCUGGGUGACUGCAAUCACAUGAUCUUGUUGAGUGCCAUGUGCUGUGGAGAGUGACACCACUGUCUGUCACCAGGUGGCUUGAGAGCCUCUGUAACUGCAGCAGGCAUCGUGGCACAACAUGAGAUGUCCCUGCACCAGCCCUGAGCCCACGCUAGCCCCUGGCAUUCUGCUGAGGGUCCCCAAUCCUGUCCUUCCCAGAGGACUUGUUUCUGCAGUCACCAUCUCCUUCUGCAUCCUGCUGGUAUCAGGAUAGCCCUCUGGCGACAGCCGUGAAACAAGUCACUGAAACAAACCAGAGUCAUGGAGUCGGCAAUGUGUAUAUUACAACCUGCUGCCUAGCUCCCUUGUAAACUUUAGAGUUGGAGUAAACACAUGUUUGUACGCCCGUCCUGCA